AGGGCUAAAUGGCGCCGCAUGUUUGUUUUUAUUUAUAAAAGUUUUCCAAAAAUUAAAUUCAUGACUUCAUUAAACCAUGUAAUUUGCAAAAUUCAAGAAUGGCUGUUCCCUGUGAAAUGUUACUACACCCUGAACUAUUAACCAACGAGCAAUUGAUGAGCAUAAUUCGAGAGCGUCAUUUAAGAGUCCCAAAUAUAGAAAUGAUGGACAGGGACAUUCUUUUGGAUGUGUUCCAUCAAUAUUGCGUUCCUUACGGUCAAAGGAAGUACAGGGACUCUGGAAGGGGUAAAGUAUUAAACAAAGUUCGAGACAUGAGCCCAGAACAAAUGCAUAAGUUGGAUACUAUAAACAAUAACAUAGUACACAAUAGUUCCUACCAGAGAGAGGUGGAUAGACUCAAACCACCCCCAGAUAUGCUGUCUUGUCAGAUAAAAAGAAUAAAACUCGAUUCAAAACCCAAUGAUGUGACUGAUGGGAAUAUUAGUAAAAGGAAAAUGUCAAUUGAUAGUGAUAAAGCAGCAGAAACACCACCACGGAAAAAAGAAAGAAAGUUAAUAACUUGGCCUUAGAUAAUGUAUGGUUUAUAAGAGAGUUACACAUGAACUGAAUAAUAUAGACUUUAAAGUAUAAAUCCAUAUUUUAGGUGGCGUGCUUUUAUUUCCUAAGAUUUUAAAUGAUGUGAAUCUACUAACAUGAUAUUAUAUUUUACGUAAGUCCCA